AUGGACGCCCUAAUAGUCAAAGCCGAUGCCAUCCAACCUUUCUCACAAAAACGUAAAUCCAACAAGAAGUCUUCACCCGGCGAUCCUGGUCCAUCAUCUUCUUCCAAAGCUCACGACCAGACAUGGAAAUCAAUUGUGAAACAAAGCUCGAUUCCCAAGUCUUUACGACCGACAAAGUCUCUCCCAGACGGCGUCGUACUCAAACACAAUCACAUAGCAAAUAAGAAAUUGCGAGCAGAGUUGGUGAAGACGUCUUCCCAUAUUGCACAAUCAAAAGCUUUACUGGAGGAUGCGGAGUUUCUAUUGACAGGGGAAGAGGGUAAGAUGGAGGUUGAAGGUGAAAUGGAGAGAACGUGGAGGGUUGGGCAAACAGAAAUUGAGCAGGGUGCGGGUCAGGAAGCCGCUAAAGGACGGAGGGAGUUCAGAUUAGAGGGUGGACCGUACAGAUCACGGUAUACGCGGAACGGAAGACACCUGGCCAUUGUUGGAAAGACGGGUCACACAGCGACAUUUGACUGGCAGACAGGAAUGCUACACACAGAACUGCAAUUGCAAGAAACAUGUCGAGACAUAACAUUCUUACAAGACCACUCAUAUUUUGCGGUAGCGCAGAAGAAAUAUGUCUUCAUAUAUGACCGAGAUGGUGUAGAGCUGCAUUGCCUCAAGUCUCAUAUCGAGCCUACACGGCUAGAAUUCCUCCCUUACCACUGGUUACUCGUUAGCAUAGGCAACGCUGGUUAUCUCAAAUAUCAGGACACGUCCACCGGCCAACUUUUAGUGGAACACCGUACGAAAUUCGGAUCAUGUACAACCAUGACACAAAAUCUUCACAACGCUGUUAUUCACCUGGGGCACCAAAAUGGUCUAGUGACCCUUUGGACGCCCAAUCUUCCUCACCCAGCGGUACAACUACUAUCUCAUCUUGGUCCUGUGAGCAGCGUGUCAGUCGAUCCCAGUUCCGGUGGACGGUAUAUGGCAACAGCAGGUAAAGAUGGUACAGUGAAAGUGUGGGAUUGCAGGAAUUGGAAGGGAACGGUACGAGAGUGGAGCGUACGGGGAACGGGAGAUACAGAAGUAGAGUGGAGUCAGCGGGGAAGUCUUGCAGUUGCAAGUGGUGGAAGUGUGAAUGUCUAUUCCCCACCCUCAAUUCAUACCCCAUUACCUGGACAUACACAACCACCGCUAUACCUCACUCACCCCAUACCAAGCCGUCCGUUAACGUCAUUGAGGUUCACGCCAUUUCAGGAUAUCCUGACGGUCGGUCAUUCCGCCGGACUGUCGAGCAUUCUUGUACCUGGUGCAGGCGAACCCAACUUCGAUAGUACCGAAGCAGAUCCGUUUGAGAACAAGAAAGCUAGAAGGGAGAAGGAGGUCAAAAGUCUAUUGGACAAGAUUCAACCAGAUAUGAUCACCGUCGAUCCUGACUUUAUUGGGGGACUUGCUCCCGUCUCUAAGCUUACCACCAAUCAAACUCAUCAAGGAAAACCCUCUCACCCCGUAGAGGUACCAUUUGCCAGACUGUCGAGGAUGGAGAGGUUGAAGAUACAGGGCAAGGCGGAUGAGACGGAGGUUGUGGAAGGUGGUGAGGACGGCGAGGGAUAUAAAAAAGACAAAGAGGAGAGGGAGAGAAGAAGGAUGAGGGGAAAGGGGAAAAGCCUGAAACGGUAUCUGCGGAAACAGCGCAAGAAUGUUAUUGAUCCUGCUGCUGUCGCAAUUCGGGCGAAGCUCGAAAAACAGAAGCAAGAGCGCAAGCAGGAGAUUUUGAAGAAGAGGGCUGAGGCAGCCGGUGUAUCCUUGCCUGGAAGUGGCAAAGUGUCAGCGUUGGACAGGUUCAAGCGGUCUACAUGA